ACGCCGAGACAGCAGAACGAGGGCGGCGACGCUCAAACUUGAAGAGGGCUUUCAUCGGUUCACCAGGUGGUUUCCAACAGGUGAAUUUUGCAAUUCUUGAGGGAAAGUUAAAGGACUUGGCUGUGGACUAAUGGGAAAGCAGCUUGUUUGACAUCAGGCCAACACAGUCCCGUGUACUUUGCCAUGAGACAUAACUUGCUGUGAAGGUCCUUUCACACCAUGCAACGCUUUCCUCAUCACGUGGCACCAAUGGACCCUCAGGUGUGUCCGCCCCCUCUGAGCAGCAGCCAGUCAGUCAGCGGCAUUGACAAAUCCCCAGCCAGCACAUUCAAACCCGGCCAUUCACGCAGUAACAGCACUGGCUCCUCCAAAUACUCAAAACAGUCUCGUAACUGGGAGGUACUGGACGACUUGCAGCAUCUGGAUAUGAGUUCAGGUCCCGGCUCCUCUCUGGACCUCAGUAUUCCUGGGAUCUGUGAGGGCUACCUGAUGAAGAGGAGGAAGUACCCGCUCAAAGGCUGGCACAAGAGAUACUUCUUGUUGGAGAAAGGAAUUCUCAAGUACUCAAAGACACAGCAAGAUAUUCAGAGAGGGAAGCUCCUUGGAUCUCUGGACGUCAGCUUGGCUGUCAUGUCCAUCAACAAAAAGUCCAAACGCAUUGAUCUGGAUGCUGGAGACAACCUUUACCACCUCCAGGCAAAGAGCCAUGAUAUGUUCUACAUCUGGUUGACCAAGCUGUGUGCCCAUCGUGUAUUUAGGAAAAACGAGGCGAUGAGUGUCCAUCGUGGUGUCCUUCACGCUCUCUCCAUGGGCCCGAGCAACCUGCCAGCCAUGGCCACUUUGGCCCAGAAAAACCGAAUAACACCUCCUCACUAUGCCAGCUCAGCGCCAGUGUACCAACAUGACAUGGGAAGUCCCUCCAUCGCCCCUCACCAGGGGGUGACCAACAAGGUGUCAGCCUGGCUGCAGCAGACCCACGACAUCGACACAUCCUCAAACGACCUGGCCCGUUGUCAGGUCGAGUUGACUGAACUGGCCCAGCUCAUCCAGCGACUCCAUUGGCUGGAAGGAGGCCUGCCAAUCACAAACACAGACCUGGAGAUGCGAAUCAGCAUGCAAAAUCUCUCCCUGGAGAAACCCAAGCGGAAGACAGGGAAAGGGGCUGGUCACUCCAGGACUUUGUCCCGCGUUGAAGCCAUGGGGGGAACGUUCACUUCCAGCCACCUGAGUACCAAUUGCAGCUCAGGUUUGGGGGCGUCUGUUCAGUCCAUCCCUGACUACGUCUACAAUCAGCUGUCCAACCCUCAGGUCACCUCACCUGAGGCCAAGAAGCUUCACCAGGACAUCUGCACUGUUUCUCAGAGGGUUCAUGCUUCUCUUAAGUCCAUACAUGAGGUUUUGACCUUGGAGAGGGAAAGACUGAGGCAGGCCUGGACCAGCCCAGACCUGAGGCAGAACACCUCGCAGCAGCUUGCUACACUCUGCAGCACAUUAUCUGAGCUGGACAUACAGUCACAUCUGACCAAAGUCCACUCGCUUUCCCUGUCCUCUGACUCUACUGAUGAAUCCUUCUGCACCGUCCGUCCUGACCAGAGGACACCAUCUAUGGGUCGUCACUUCUCUCGUGCGCCCUCAGUAGCAGAAUCCAUGGCAGAGUAUUUUGAUGCCAGUGAGGUGAUCGUGUGCGAGAGCUCAUCGGAGGCAGAAGCUUCGGAUGAGUCAGGCCUGAGUGACAUCACCACCACCAGCAACUCAGAACCUGAAGAGGGACACACCACUGCUACCCUCAACUACCGGGCCAGUCUGAACAGUGCUCCUGCCAGACCCAGCCCAGUGCCCACCAAUACUGGUCGUCGCACUGCCCUCCCCGCCCGAGGAACAGACAACAGCCACAUCGGCAUCAUGACCAUCUUGUACAACAACAUAGGCAAAGACCUGUCCAGAGUCUCCAUGCCAAUCGCUCUCAAUGAGCCGGUGUCUUUGCUGCAGAGACUCAGUGAAGAGCUGGAGUACUCUGAGCUACUGGACAUCGCCAACCACAUUGAUGAUCCAUAUGAGAGAAUGGUUUACGUGGCAGUGUUCUCCAUCUCUGGAUAUGCAUGGGCAACCUGGAGGAAUCGCUACAAACCCUUCAACCCUGUUCUGGGAGAAACUUACGAGAGCCACAGAGAAGACAGAGGCUUCCACUACAUCAGUGAGCAGGUCAGCCAUCACCCACCCGUCUCUGCCUGUCACGCAGAUUCAGAAAACUUCACUUUCUGGCAAGAUCAGAGAUGGAAGUACAAGUUUUGGGGGAAGUCAGUGGAGAUCAUCUCUUCUGGACUGGUCAAUGUUACCCUCCCCAAGUACGGUGAUCACUAUGAAUGGAACAAGGCAGUGACAUGUAUUCACAACGUGCUGAGUCAGCAGCGCUCGUUGGAGCACUAUGGUGAGGUGGUCAUCAGAAACACAAAAAGCGACGUCUGCACCUGCAAGAUCACCUUUGUCAAGUCUCGCUACUGGAGCUCAGACAACAAUAAGAACGAGGUGCAGGGUGUAGUUCUGGACCGGGCUGGAGAAGUGGUUCACCGUUUUGGAGGCCUCUGGCAUGAGGGCAUCGUCUGUGACACCAUGCCUACACAGAAGUGCAUCUGGAAGCCCAACGUGCAGCCUUAUGACCACUUCCAGUUCUAUGGCUUCUCACAAUAUGCCAGAGAACUAAAUGAACUGACUCCUCAGCUGAAGGCUGUCCUCCCGCCUACAGACACACGCUUCAGACCAGACCAGAGGCUCCUAGAGGAAGGGAAGGUUGCCGAGGCAGAUAAAAAGAAGGAUGAGGUGGAGGAGAAGCAGAGGGAGAGGAGGAAGGAGUUGGCAAAGAGAGGGGAGGAGCACAUCCCCAGGUUCUUCAGGAAAGCUGUUAAUGAGGCCGGCACAGAGGUGUGGCUGUACAAUGACACCUACUGGAAUCUCCGCAAAGACCCAGGCUUCAGCAAGACUCAAAACCUGGACCUGUGGUAAAACACUGCACCUAGCUUAGAGCUGAGGCUGAAUGAAUCUAGCCAGGUGCUAAACACAUGGUGAUAUGAUGAAGAGGAAUAAUAUACCCCUCUGUUAGUAAAAAUAACUUAAUUGCACCCGUGUUGGUCCGGUAACCGAUGCAUGAAUGUACUGUAGUGACUCAUCAACAAAGAUCCAGAGGUCUGCUGCUACCAUUACUGCAAGGAUGUAGAGGAGAAGGGCGUUUGGAUGCAUAAAUGAACCUCUCAUUGGGUUUUUGGUGCCUUGUAGAGGUGAGGUGCCACUAUGGAACAAAUGAAGACUGAUUUAGACAAAGCCGGAUGUCUUACCAGCCUUUCGCCUACCUCUUUUCAUAAUGGAGACAUUUAAAUCCAGUCAUCCAUGAUUCGAAAAAGCAAAUCUUGAUUUGAAAAUCUAGUUUUUAAAUUCUAUCGCUGCCCUUGAGAAAAUUGUGGGUAAAUAUUUUCUAGUUUUCCUGUAAGGAUUGGGGCCAUUUUCUGUCUGUAAAGUGUCUUAUAUCAUAUUUGUGGGACAAAUGAGAGAUUAUGUUAUACUUUUGUUUUGUAGAAUUUCAAUAUAAAUAUGUUUAGUCUGGCUCAUUUGUAUGACAGUUGUGAUGAGGUUCAGAAGCUGGCUUCCAGCAGAGGGAUCCAGAACACAUGGAGGGCUAAUUGUGGCGCUGUGAGGUAUAUUACAGGUGAGCUGGUAAUGGCUUGCUUUCUUUCUCAAUGGGUCUUAUUGUAUAAACUGGUCGAUUUGUAAAGUCGGUGUGUAUUUUCUGAUGUUUAAUUGUGACACAUAGGUAAAUUCAUUGUCUUUCUAAAGUGUCUUCACGCUGGUUAAAUCUAACAGUCCUGUUAGCCCAGCCGUCUUCCCCUCUUGCCUGUAUGAACUGUCGAUGCAAAAUGAGCUGACAGACUAGGAUUGCGUCUCCUGGACCUUUUUAUGCUCUCUGUUGAUGCAAUGAAGUAUUUUUAUUGAUGUUUCAACAAUGGAUUUUAUUAAGGAAAAGAGACUUUCUUAAUGGUUUUGUUUCAAAUAAAAGGUUCCAUAAUCAA